UUGAAAUAGUUUGUCAACAAUAGAAUCAUGUUUCUGUGAUUAAACCGAGUCAAAUCGAUCGACUGGUAUUUCCUGGCCUCCAAUGAUGCACUGCUAACAGGAUAUUCUUCGGAAACAAAAUUUAAAAAUAUCUCCACAGAUAUCAACAUGCACACUAUGGAAUGUUCACCUGAAGUUUCAGAAGCCAUGCGCAAGAGACGAAUCAACUCCCUGCCUCACUACUUCCGGCACUCGCUGGUGGGGGCGGGACUGGCCGUGGUUGGGGUAGGGGUGGGGAUCGCUAACUUCGUGGUGGGGGUAGAUAACGGACCGUUCCACCUGACGGGCGGUUCCUUCUUUCCGGGAAUUCUUAUUGGUAUAUGCGCCAUACUUGGGUAUCAACUGUAUCAAACCGGAAAUGCUCAUCAAGGAAGCGGAGAGAUCGUCUUCAAGGCAAAAUGUUUGUUUAUUGCUCACUAUGUGAUGAGCCUCCUGACGGCCAUCUUGUCUGUGGCGUUCAUUGCUCUACCUAUCGUGGGGAUCGUCUGGUGUUCCGGGGAAGUCUCGCACUAUUACGUCAGAAUCAAUAGGGUCAAUUACAAGAAAAACGUCACGUGUCCUGACAACAAGACGGCGGCCUUAGUUACUGGCGGUUUGGCGGCUGUGGACAGCUUCCUCAUCUGUGCGUGGUGCAUCUUGGGAACUGUUUUCUUUUGCUGUUUUGUUCGAUCGUAUGGAUUUCAAAAUAGAAGAAUAAGAUAUUUGUGAUGUAACAUUUAUUAUACAUGACAUCAGACAAUGGACUGUUCAAUUCAACAUUGUCUAUAGUGUACCGUGCUUUGAAUGAAGUGCGUCGUUCUUGAGACCAUAACAUAAUUCUCUCUACCUACAUCAUGUACAUGCAGCUAUUGUACUUGUAUUCAUGUACAUAAGGGUGAGAACGUGCCAUGGCAAUCUGUUGUAGUAGCGCGAGAGAGAAGUUUGUAUCUAUAGCUGUUAAAACGAAUAGUAUACAAGGUACAGUUUGGAUUAUAUGAAAAUUUGUCCAAAAAUGUGUAAAUCAUACACGUAGAUAAAUACAUGUACGCAUAGAAUACACAUUAUACAUGUAUGUACGUCUUUUAUAUUAAUAUAUACGAUAUAAUGUGUAAUAUAAUCUUUCCUUCUUUUUACAACUUAAGUUGGUAAGUAUUUUAAGGAGGCUGGAUGGUCAACAAAUUAACCAUCGGAUCCACCGGAAAUGUUCAGAAACGAUUUGUUAAGCUAUAAAUCAACAUAAUUUUAUAGUAGAAACAAAAUUCAUAUUUUUUAUCUAUCAGGGUUGGGUACAAAAGUACUAGUAUCAUAAGAUUUGUCAAAAGUCAGAUCUUAAUUUUAAGAUUGUCAUAAGAUCUGACUUAUAAAAAUCAUAAUAUCUAUCACUUGCAUUUUACGAAACAACCUUAAGUGUAAUAAAUAUUUUAAAGAUAUGUUUUUAUUUCUAUCUCUAAACACCCGUUCCCUUCUUAAUUGUCUUUUGUUUUGAAUCCAAACUUGCAAAGACAGCCACCAUGUUAAAUUUUGACUUUUGACAUGUACAUGUAUGUGGUUGUCUUUAGAUUAAGACGGAUCUUACAAUAAUAAGAUAUGACAGUUUUGUGAAACAGCAAUGAUGAAAACUUUUGACAAAGUUUGGUCUUAAGACAGAUCUUAGUCGUCAUAAAAUUGUUUUGUGAAACGGGUUCCAGAUUUUGGUAUUUUUCGAUAAUUUUUUUUAUUAUCUAGAACUCUUCUUUUAAAGGAGAUCAAUGCAGUCUUAAUAUGGCCACUACCAGCGAGUCCUCUUAAAAACUAUGCAUGUGCUUUGUCAUUGUAUAGAGAGAGGAAAGAGAAGUGGUAGAAAGAAAUAACUUAAAGACAAGCUAUAGAGAAUCUGAAAUAGACUUAUUUUAGUUCACACUUUGGAAGUAUCAAAAAACUUGGCAAAAUCGAUUUUUAAAGUGAAGAGCACGAUUUGAUUUUUGUAGAAGAAAUUGAUAAUUUUUAAUUCUGAAAGCUGGGUUAUUUUUGACAAUUCAGUAGGCUAUAGUUAUAUUUAUUUCCGGGCCUCUCUUUUUAAUGUUUGUAUUCUAUAUAGCGACAUAAAAACCAUAAAAACAGCACCUGGAAACUUAUGUUGCAGUUAAAUUCUUGUGCCUGUUGUAAACAUGUAAAACUAGAGGUUUUUUUUAACUUCUUAAUUGUGCCUAAUGCAGUUCUAUCGGAUCGAAAGUUUUCAAUUUACGAAAAUACGUUGUAUAGGCAAACUUUUAUUCUCUAAAUUGUCGUUUCUUUCAUUUAUAAAGUAAAAUAUAGUAAAAUAAUAUAUAGAAUCUAUUAAUAUGUAGUUUGAACAGUUAAUCAAAGUAAUUAUUUGUAAAAUGAGCCAAAAACACGUCAAAGAUUCCAAAACAUCCCUAGCUAGCUGAAUGUUAAGAUGUCCAUUUUUGUAUGCAUAAGAUCAGGUUAAAUUAAAAAAAUGUUCGCGUCUAUUUACCAUAUGACAUACAGUAAUUAAAACAUACAUUUUCAUUCUUUAUUUGCGCAGGACAUACAUCUUUUAUGGCAUAGGUUAAAUUGUUAUAUAUUACCAAACAUGUCAGUCUCAUAUACAUGUAGAUAUGUGUACGAAACACUAUACAUGCUGUAGGAAAGCUACUAUAAUACCAUGUAAUUAUAGCAAUUAAAAUUAUAUAUUCAUAGUAUUUAAAGUAUAGAGAAAAUCAAAUAUAUAAUUUAAAAAUUAAAUGGGGUAAAGGGGGUCUAAAACAUGAAUUACAAAAAAACCCAGUGUUUUUAAGCUAGCUAAACUUUUAAGUGUUAACAAUACAAAGGAACUCAAUAAUUUAGGAAAAUAUUUAUCUAACGCUUCCAAAAUGAGAGCGCAGCGUUGUACAGUUGUAAUAAUACUACAGUUUAAGCUACUUAUACAUUUAUGUUCAUUCAUAUCUUAAGA